UACUUCAUAUAUGAAUUGUAUGACUCAUAUAAUCAAUGAAUAAUCGGAUAAACAUUUUGACAACAAUUGCAUCAAAUGAUUGAUUCAUUGCUUUUCUGGUUAUUAGUGCUAUUCGUGUCUAAUAUUAUACUAAUAGUGAUCUUCUGGAACAACUACGGCUCAAGAAUACAAUUGUUGAUCUCAAGAAAGGAAGAGAAACAACAAAUUUUAGACCAAUUACGUCGCGAAGCACUGGAACUAAAGCUACCGAAAGAACAUUCGCCGAGAAUUUAAGACAUUAUCAGUACUUAUGGCUUCAAAUCCCAUCUCAAACAUAAAGGAUUUCUUCAAAAAGAAAAAAUUAGACACAAAGUUCAAGAUGGCUGGUAGUGGACACCGAUUGACUGACAACAACACGUCAUCCACUGGCUCUACAUCUAUGGCCAACACGUCAACAGCUAAUCCCAAGUCACAUACCUAUAGAGAAAAUAUGUCAAAACAAAAAGCGGGUGAAGCGGCCAUUGAACGCAUUCAAAGACAGAAUCAGUCGAACACAAGAAACACUACUUUAGAGAAUAUUCUUCAACAAGAAAAACAAAAGAUUCGCGAAGAAUACAAAGCUAAAGAACAAACUGAGAAUAUAAUGAAGGAAGAAGAAAAAUUGGUCAAUAAAUAUAAAGACAUUGAUUCAAAACAACGAUUCACUUGUCCCACAAUUGAGUUAAAUGAAUCGUUAGAAUUGGAUCAAUUGAUAGAAAGAAUGUGUGAUUAUAUUCAAAUGAAUUUUACAGAAGAUUUGACACUUAUGUCUGCACUUAUGAUUGUUAAUUGCAAUCACAAUAUUGGCGAUAAUGCACAACAAAGAGUGAGUGAAUGCAUUAAAGUAUUGGAUAAAGUGGUCACCAAUUUAAUGACAAGUAGUGUUGAAGAAAGAGAGAAAUUUUCAAAAAUUAGAAAAUCAAAGAUUCAAAACAAAGUAUUAGAUUUGAAGGGCGGACUCGAGUUCUUAUCUUCAAUUGGUUUUCAAUCAGAUUCUUCUGAUGAUUGGCUUGUUUUUCAAUUUGAUGAGAUAACAGAUAUUUGUGAACAAAUGAUUUACUAUAAGGAUGUCUUGAAUAAUGUCGAACAGUUCCCUCUAAUUAUUGAUCGACAAGUAGUACACCUUAACACAGAACAAUCGUUUCGAGAAACAGAUUUAAGUCAAGAUUUCUUUAAAUUAUCAGCCGAUGAAGUGAAACGUGAAAUGCAAUCAUUGACUGAUAAGAGAGAAACAGAAGAAACAUUGAGAACUAAAGCAAUGAAAGAACAUAAGCAAAGAAAAAUUGAUUCAAAAUACACUCGACUAAGAUUUAAUUGUCCGAAUGGUGUCAAAAUUGAAGCCACUUUUGGAUCAAAUGAAAUACUUUGUGAUGUAAAGAAUUGGUUGUUAGCAUACUUGGAGUCAAUCGAUAAGUUUAACCUUAAAUGUGGUACAGAUGUCUUCACUGAUGAACAUCUAAAUAAAACUCUUAAAGAUCUAAAUCUAGUCCCGACGGCUAUGCUUUUUAUCAUAUCGUAAAAUAUUUUAUAUAUUGUUAAAUGAUUGAUAUUUUUG